AUGCCACGAGAGAUUAUUACUUUAAAUAUUGGACAAUGUGGAAAUCAGUUAGGAAGUGACUUUUUUAAGAAAAUAUGUUCAGAGCAUGGAAUAUUACCUGAUGGGUCAUUAUCUACAAAUGAAUUUAUUGAUGACAGAAAAGAUGUAUUUUUUUAUCAAGCAGACGACCAACGGUAUGUCCCAAGAUCCAUUAACAUUGACCUUGAACCACGAGUGCUUGACUCAAUAAGAACAAGUGUGUGGAGUAAUUUUUAUAAUCCAGAAAACUUUAUUAUACCAACAAAUAAUGGAGCGGGAAAUUCAUGGGCAAAUGGAUAUUACACCACAGAGAAAAUGAGUGAGAUAGAAGAAAUUAUUGAUAGAGAGGUAGAACAUUGCGAUAGUUUAGAAGGAUUUUUCUUCUGUCAUUCUAUUUGUGGAGGAACUGGAAGUGGUUUAGGAAGUAAAAUUAUGGAAAUGAUUAGUGAAAAGUAUCCAAAGAAUAUACUAACUUCAUUUAGUGUAAUGGUAAAAGAAAAUCCCGAUGUUGUUGUUUCUCCCUAUAAUUCUAUAUUAACUCUAAGACGUUUAAUCACAGAAUGUCAAUCAGUUGUUGUAUUUGAUAACUCGGCAUUAGCAGAUAUUGCUCACACACAAUUUGGAGUUGAUGAAGCAACUGUAUAUGAUAUGAAUUCUAUAAUAUCUUCUUCAAUGUCUGCUUUUACUGCAAACCUUAGAUUUCCAUCAACUUUAUAUAAUUCUUUAAACAGUUUAAUGAUUCAUCUUUGCCCAUCUCGAUUUAGUCAAUCAAAUAUCAAGUAG